UCCUCAUCAGUAAUAAAGAGCUCCCGGAGCUUUCCCAAAAGAGGAGCCCACUCCUCUUGAGGUUCUUUCUUUGCCCUGAAGAACCAGAGGUUCCUCUGUUUCGUUCGCGGCUCGUCAUCUUCCUCCCAAGACAACAUCUCUCUCUCUCUCUCUCUCUCUCUCAAUUGAUCAUCCUGCCCUGUUUUCUGGAAGGCAAACAAAUUAUACAAGCAAAAGAAAAAACAAUACUUUACCCUUUCAGACAGCAGCAAGUCUCCUUUUGUGUUCAAUUUUCGUGCUAAUUGAGUGGGAGCGACGUCUAUUCAUUACAAAGCAACAUCAUCUCUCUCUCUCUCUCUCUCUCUUUCUGUGUGUGUGCACUAAUCAUUGAUCUUUGAAGAUAAACAGAGCCCCUUUCUCCCUUUAAGGUUUCAUGACAUAGAGGGGCUCUGUUUUUUUUUCUGUCUCUCUCCUUGCCCUGUUCUUCAUCUGAGCUGAAGACCCCUUUUCCUUUCACCCGAUCCUUCAAGAUCAAAUCUUUUAUGUGGGUUUUGUUCCACAAGUAGAGAUGUUUGGGUGCGAGUGCUUCUGCUGGGACCGAGUCACCGCGUUCGAGCCGACCGAGCUAGGGACAGAGCCCUUCUCUCUGCCUUCAGCUCUCCCAGAAUGGCCUCAAGUUAACAGAUGCUCUUCGGAAUGCUUAGGUCGUGGUUUUGCAACGGGGAGGAUACGACUGGGCGAACUUGAGGUCUUAAAGAUAACGAAGUUCGAGAGUGUCUGGACCUUCAACCAAACUCAUGGGAAACCGAAAAUUACGUUCUAUAGGCCUGAGGGGACACCUGAUGGUUUUCAUUGCUUGGGCUAUUAUUGCCAAUCGAAUGAAAAGCCUCUGAUAGGAUAUGUUCUUGUGGCUCGUGAUGCCUUGGAGUUAAGUGUUCCGGCUUUGAGGAAGCCAGUCGGUUACACCCCACUUUGGGCUGGGGAUGCAGGUCCGUUAUAUGGACCUGGGUACUUCUGGCUGCCCAGUGCCCCAUCGGGUUAUAGACCAAUGGGAAUUGUUGUGACUACCGAACCUGAGGAGCCGGAUCUCGAAGAAGUUCGCUGUGUCCGGGAGGACCUAACCGAGCACUGUGAGGCUUGCAACCUUAUAUGUUCAGGAGACUCAAGGAACCUAAAGUUGCCAUUUGAAAUUUGGAACACGAGACCCUGCAAUAGAGGGAUCUGGGAAAGGGGUGUGCCCGUCGGAACCUUCAUUUGCUGUUCUCGCUCGGGCUCGAGUGAGCCACUUGACAUUGGUUGCUUGAAGAACUGUGACGAUUCUCUCCAUGCGAUGCCAAACCUUGAUCAGAUUCAUGCGUUGAUCAGCCAUUACGGGCCUACCGUCUUCUUCCACCCUGACGAGGUGUAUCUUCCCUCCUCGGUCCAGUGGUUUUUCCAAAAUGGGGCACUUUUAUGCCAAGACGGGGAGUCAAGGAAACAACCCAUCGACUCUAAUGGAUCAUGCUUGCCCCAGGGUGGAUCUAAUGAUGGAAAGUUCUGGAUCAAUCUCCCAAAGGAUGAGGAGUUGCGAAAUUUCCUUAAGAGAGGAAACAUUGAGAGUGCGGAGCUCUACGUGCAUGUAAAACCUGCCUUAGGAGGAUCAUUUACGGAUAUUGCGAUGUGGGUGUUUUGUCCUUUCAAUGGGCCUGUGACCCUCAAAGUCGGGUUGAUGAGCUUUCCGAUGACGAGGAUCGGGGAGCACGUUGGUGACUGGGAGCACUUCACGCUUCGAGUGAGCAACUUCACGGGCGAGCUCUGGGGCAUGUAUUUCUCUCAGCAUAGUGGGGGUGAGUGGGUGCAUGCAUCUGAUCUCGAGUUUAUUGAUGGAAAUAGGCCGAUCGUGUACUCAUCCAAGAGUGGGCACGCCAGCUUCGCCAAUCCAGGCUUGUACCUUCAGGGCUCCUCGAGGCUCGGGAUUGGAGUUAGGAAUGAUGCAGCUAGGAGUCGGUUCUUUGUGGACUCAAGCAGGAAGUAUAAGAUUGUUUCUGCGGAGUAUCUUGGAGACGGGAUUAUUGCAGAGCCGUGCUGGUUGCAGUACAUGAGGGAAUGGGGGCCGACGAUUAUGUAUGAUGCUCGGGCAGAGCUCGAUAAGGUCAUUAACCGGUUGCCCUACUUUGUGAGGUUUUCGGUCGAAAACAUCUUCGAUCUGUUCCCAACAGAGCUCUACGGGGAGGAAGGGCCGACAGGGCCCAAAGGGAAGGAUAACUGGGAAGGAGAUGAACGAUGCUAGAACUGCAGCCUUGCCGUCGACAAGUUUCCAUUUGAUUCGACUUGAAUUAAUCCAUAGGGUCGUUUGGCACUCCUUUUAAAAGGAACAGAAGUCGGAUGUAGCAUUUGCAAGAUUGAUCACGGAUGAUCAGACAUCUGAUGCUGUGGGAGAUCAAUGUGGAAAUCUCUCCCUCUCAAACUCGCAGUGCUCUCGUACCGGUUCUUGGGAACGGAAGUUGCAACCUGAUGGUUGUUUAGGAUGUACAACUCCAGGACUCGAUGAAAGGGAAAGCCCUCACGCCUGUGAUUCUUGGCAAGGGAUGGAGCGAUGGCCGUAUGAUCGGAUCAGCUCCAAUGUUGUUCAUUUACUGCAAAAAAUUUGUUUAGCAAAAGCGUGGGCCUGUCAUCUGUCCACUAGCUAGAAUUACGCGGUGCCAUUCAUGAAGUAGUACUCAUUUCAUUCCAUGAAUACUCCGUCUGACUCGUCAUUUUAAGCAAAGUUUUUUUGGCUGAAAAUGUCAUCUUAAGCAAGUUAAUAGUCCAACGUCUGAAUGAUAUCAUUUACAUUGACUCGACUCGACUCGGGUCCUGACUUCACGUCA